AUGACCCGAACCUCCGUUCUCGCUGACGCUCUCCAGUCCAUCACCAACGCCGAGAAGGCCGGCAAGCGACAGGUCCUGAUCCGACCUUCCUCCAAGGUCAUCAUCAAGUUCCUGACCGUCAUGCAGCAGCACGGCUACAUUGGCGAGUUCGAGUACGUGGACGACCACCGAUCCGGCAAGAUUGUGGUCCAGCUCAACGGCCGACUCAACAAGUGCGGAGUCAUUUCUCCCCGAUUCAACGUCAAGAUCGACGACGUUGAGAAGUGGAUCCAGAACCUGCUGCCCUCUCGACAGUUUGGUUACAUCAUUCUGACCACCUCUGCCGGAAUCAUGGACCACGAGGAGGCCCGACGACGACACGUUGCCGGCAAGAUCCUCGGAUUCUUCUACUAG